AUGAAUCGUUUACGAGAGGCCGAUCGAUGUUUGAAAGAGUUAUUGAAGUCGGAUUUGGAAGGAAUGCAAACGAAAGAGCGAAUUGAAGCAGUUGCUGACGAUGUGAUGCGGCUUUUGUCUCUUCUUAGAACUCCAUCUUCACCACCAUUAACCCCGGCAUUGUCGCCAAAAUCGACAUUAUCUAGCGGCUCGAAAUCUUUCAUGCAAAGUGCCAUUUCUCUUCAGAAUCUCUAUCUUCUUUCACCAACAAGCUCAGCUCAAUAUCUAGAUGACAACGACGAGAUCGAGCGAAUUCACAUCUCGGCUCACUAUGCUUUUAACGCGGAAAUCUAUGCUCGUUGCGUGAAAAUCGUUGAAGAAGCGGCAAAGAGGAAUCUCCUUGAUAUUGAAUUGACUUUUUUGGCUCAUUGCUCCUAUGAAAGAAUGGUUGAAAAUGCGGAAAAUUUGAAGGACGCAAAGAAAUUUGCGAGUUUUUGGCUUGAGUUUUUGGAGCUGAAUCGUGAUUAUUUCAAGGAGAAUUUUGACGAACAUGUGCAAUAUUUUGAAUGUUUGGUGUUUGCUUUGGAGAAAAGGUAUGAGAUCGAUGAAAGUUGUCGAGAAGAUACCGGAAAACAAUUGCUUGCAACGCUGACCAAUUUAAAUCAAAAUUCUAAUAUUAAACCCCUUCUAAUGGAUAUUUCGUAUUGGAAUCAACUUCGCAAAUGGACUGAAGAACUGAAGCCUUUAUUAGAAGACACCAAAGAAUGGAAUAAUGCUAAUGCGGAGCUGGCUUGUUCACCGGAAAUGGAGAUUCUUUAUGUUUUGGAGGAGAAUAAACGACAGCAAAAGGAACCACCGAAACUCGCCAAAUUCCCAUCGAUCUCUUCGGACUACAUCGAAGAGAUCAUUCAUCUU